CUCUGCGUCGGCAACGACAGUCCGGCCCGACCGCGCGCCGCUCCUCCAACUCCGUCCGUCCGCUCGCCGUCUCCACGGACUUCCGCUCCGUGCUGGCCUGACCCUCCACGUUUGUGGGGGCGGAGACAUGGCGGCCGUGUGGAGCAGCGCGACGGUUCUCCUGAUUGCUGCCACCUGCGCCACUUGUGCCGGCAGCGCGUGCGCGCUGAUGGAGGAGGAGAAGCAGGCGACGUUCCUGACGGCGGCCGUGGGCGAGUACGUCGUCUUCAACUGCCAGCUCGACUUCCCGCACGACAUCGUCAUCCCGCACAUCCUGCGCUGGAACAAAGACGGACGCGCAGUGUUCUCCUGGUACGACGGCGUGCUCACGGCCGACCCCGGCUACUUGGGUCGUGUGUCCCUGGUGUCUCCAGACGCGCCGUACGGCCGCGGCUCGGUCAACCUCACCUCCAUCAGGGAGACGGACUCCGGCUGGUACGAGUGCGUCGUCUUCUUCCCCAACCGCACGCCGGCGACCAGGCCCAACGGCACCUGGUUCCACCUCGCCGUAGAAGGAGGGACGCUGCUGACGAUCCCGCCCAUCAACCAGACGGUGAUGGAGGGCGAGCCGGCGCACUUCCCGUGCGUCACCAAGGAGAGCAACGCGACGGUGACGUGGCUGCGCGACGGCGUGCCGCUGACCGACCUGCGCGGGCUGGCCGGCCGCGUGCGCGUCUCGGAGGACGGCUCGCUCACCAUCACGCGCACCGACAUGGCCGACCCGGGAGAGUACGUCUGCGUCGUGACCAACGCGCACGGCCACCGCCACACCGCCGGCGCCUUCCUCGACGUGCACUACAAGGCCAAGGUGGUGUACGCGGCGCGCGAGAUCUUCCUGCCGUAUGGCCGGCCGGCCGUGCUGGACUGCCACUUCCGGGCCAACCCGCCGCUCACCAACCUGCGCUGGGAGAAGGACGGCUUCCUGUUCGACCCGUUCAACGUGCAGGGCGUCUUCUCGCGCAGGAACGGCUCCCUCUACUUCAGCAAGGUGGACGAGUCUCACGGUGGCAGGUACACGUGCACGCCCACCAACGAGCUGGGCUCGGAGGGCCCGAGUCCGCCCAUGACGGUGAUCGUGCAGCGGCCGCCCGUCUUCACGGUCAGGCCUCACAACCUGUACCUGCGGCGCGCCGGGGACUCCGUCGUCAUGCCGUGCGACGCCAUCGACGGCGACGAGGCCCACCGGCCCACCAUCGUCUGGUUCCGGAAGGACGGCUCGCCGCUGCCGGUGGAGCGCAUCACGCUGCACAACGGCAACCUGACGAUCGAGAACAUCAAGGAGAGCGACCGCGGCCUGUACCAGUGCGUGGCGUCCAACGAGGCCGCCACCAUCUCGGUGGACACGGAGCUCAUGAUCGAGAACGUGGCGCCGCGCGCGCCCUACAACCUGAGCGCCACCAGCGACGAGACGUCCGUCACGCUGCGCUGGGUGCCCGGCUUCACCAGGCCGCCCAUGGACUACAGCAUCUGGUAUCGGCCGGCGGACACCCCGGAGUGGCGGACGAUGAAGCUGGCGUCGCGCACCAGCACAGAGGCGACGGUGCGCGACCUGGGCCCCGGCAGGACGUACGAGUUCAUGGUGCUGAGCCAGGACUCCUACGGCGACGGGAUGUUCAGCAAGAUGCUGCAGGUCCGCACCAAAGGUAGUCCGGUCCACAACAGUUCGGCACAAGAACUGGGCUCAUUCCAGCAGAUCGGGCCGCCGCACAACGUGACGGUGCAGCUGACGGACGACGGCUACAUGGUGUCGUGGGAGCCGCCGCUGUUCGGCAGCGAGGACCUCAAGUCGUACACCGUGCGCUGGACCGAGGGCCCGCGCCAGCAGCUGUACGGCCGCGCAGACACCACCGACACCUUCUUCGUGGUGCCGCACCUGGAGGAGGGUGCGACGUACCAGUUCGAGGUGUCUGCGCGGUCGCACAACGAGUACCUGGCGACGAGCCCUCGGGUGGAGGUGCGGGUGCCCAGCCAGCAGCAGCAGCUGCGCGCCGUCGCGCUCGGCGUCGCCGCCUCGGCGCUGCUGGUGGCCGCCGCCGCCGCCGCCGCCUGGUACCUGCGCCGCCUCCACCUGCGCCGCUCCGCCGUCCUCUCCAACUCCAGGCUCAAGGGCGUGCCGCGCUGCUGACAGCAUUCACUAAAACAUCCACAUUUCAUCUGGCUAGUGCCCCCCAACUUCCGGGGAAAAUCGACUAACAUGACGAACUUACGCUAUGUACAGGGUGGGCAAAAGGAAACUGGUCCGGAAUACACAUUGUGCACCUUAACAGUGGCAACCCAAUUUACCUCGUAAGAUAGGCAACCCGAGUUACAUCAUACGCCGCCGGUGCGGAUGGUGUAACUCGGGUUGCCUAUCUUACGGGAGCUGGUAAGGUGAAUUGGGUUGAAGGAGUUAAAGUGCACGAAAUGUUUUCCGGACCAACCUUUAUUUUCCCCACCAUGUAUAGUUUCCCUGACUUCAACAUUUAUAGAAAUGAUACUUUGUCAUGGAGACAGGGAGCGACUUUUCAUUGUACAAUUUUUUUUACGUAUUCACACAAAAUAUUUUCUUUUCGUUAACAGAUAUCACCUACCACUGGCCAUCAUUGGAACUGGUACACUAUAAAGAAAAAAUACUUAUUUACCUUUCACAAGCUGCCACAUGGUCCGAAUAGGACAGUCAUCCAGACUACCUGUUUCGUUCACCAGUGGUCAUCUUCAGAUCUGUAGCAAAACGUGGGAAAAAACAAAAUACAACUAGUGGAUUGUCUACAUCUUAAAACGGUGAAAUAGGCCAUAAUGAAAAACAUUACUGAUAUACAUGCGUAAAUCGUGCGUUUUAAAUAUGACGAGGCACAUCUGUUUCAGAAAUAUGUUCUAAUACAAUGGAGCCUUUGUAGCAUUGUUAGAAGAUGAACAAAAGUCAGCAUAUUCGUAAAUAGAUAAAAUAAGCUACAUACGUGUCGUCUUGUUAACGGCGCUACUAUUCGUACCAAUCUGCUGUACAGUGAGCAUAAAAUGUUUGUGUCGUAAGCUUUGCUAACUCUACACCUCUGAGACAACAUAAAAUUGUAAAAUGGAAAUUAAUUUUCAUACCGUUUAAAAGCGCCAAGUAACACUUUGUCAGUCGGAAUAAAAUCCUCAGGGUGCAAGUGCCAUGUGAGGGCUAUUGCUUCACUCCUUACGUGCUGACGCAAUACCCCUAGGCGAAGAGUCGGUAGAACUUACAUUCGUGGUUUCCUUAAAAUUCCCUUUUGUUUAAAAGAUAUUUUUAAAAGAAUUCUAGGUACGAAUGUCCCUCUAAAAGACUUUUGUAAGAGGCUUCAAAACAAAUCGUACAAAGAUGAGUGAUAGUAUAAAAAAGAAACGACAAUAUCUCAAAGUAAAAUUCAGUUAUGUAGACUUCAACAAAAAUUAAUCUUUAAAAAGAAGAGUUGUUUAUUCAGUAAAGAUACGUCCAAAAUUUCGACAGAAUCGUGGUACAUGUUCGGACAUCUGAAAAUAACGUUACUUCCAUAAUGAAGAGGGAACAGGAGUCACUGUGGUCGUAAUGUUGUUUCAUUUUUGAUGUCACGACGUGUACCAUGAUCCACUUGAAAAAAUUGUACUUAGUGUUUAUGAGCUUUCCUUGGUUUUAGGUUUUUUUAAAAGUAUCGCAGUACUUUUAUAUCACAAAAUUAGGUCUCGAGGGUUCAGCAUACCUCUUGUCACUGUAAGCUUUGUACAUCAGUUUUUUGACUUCCCAUAAAAGGGUUUUAUAAACAACUUUUUUCCUUUUGAAAAGAUUAAUCAAUGUUUCAGUUAAAAGGGAACUGUUAACUAGGCCAUCACUGUAAACUUGGGCAACUCUACCACGACGUCGUUGAUAGGACGCGGGGUAGAGUCCUUUUGUAACACUUGCACCCACCGUUUUAUCCAGUCUGACAGAUCAUAACUUGGUGACCAUCUAGUACUGAUUUCAGUCGCUAUGAAAAUUAAUUUUCGUUUCAUUUUUCUCAGGUCCCCCCUAUAAAUUGUGUUCACAAAGUAAAAUACAUAUUCAUUUGUUUCUCUUCUUUAUCUCCGAUGACUGACAAUGGUGUCCGACACCAGUUAACGACAUAAAGCAUUUUAGUAAUUGCAUCAACGAAAAUAUUAGGUGAACACUUACUAUUUGUUUCUGUGGGGUAUAAUAUUGACAGAAUCUUCUUACUACUGUCCAUUUUAAAUAAACAUUUAAAAUAAUUAAUUUCCCAAGUUUGUGAGUGAAACGUUUCUUCUCCACCACCUUGCACCAACGCGCGCGCGCGCGCGCGCGCGCGCGUGUGUGUGUGUGUGUGUGUGUGUGUGUGUGUGUGUGUGAGGAAAAGAUUCUCGUAAAAUGACGAACUAAGACAAAGAUUUACCUCAGCAACAAAUAAUAUUAAUUUUCAGCUGUUCUGAGUAUUGCCAGCUUAGAAAAUGAGUAUGGAAUAAUAACCGUGACAGACUGAUCGAACAAUUGCUUUCUGGACGAUCAAUAAUAUCCAGUCAAAUGUAUAUUUAUGUACUAUAUCUAAUACUCGUAACAAGAACUUUGAAAAAUCUAUUUGCUAGAAUGUAUCUCUCGUGGGCAUUAAUUUUCAUAAAAUACUUCCUCUCGAUGAGUGUAGUACAGUCCAUGUAAUAUAGUUCAACGUGACGACCCUCUCUCUCUCUCUCGCUCUCUCCUCCUCCUCCUCCUCCUCCUCCCCCUCCCCCUCCCCCUCCCCCCCCCUCCCUGAAGGUAACGAAGAAGGGAUUAGUUUCUUUCAAUCAUUCUUCUGUUAUUUAACUGCCUCUCGAGAAUCGAUUGUCUGAAUAUCUAACUGUCCAGUUUAUAGCUGGUUCAAUAAGGACAUCUUCCUGCUGCUACAUGUGACAUUAUUUCUUUAAAUAAUCCUUUCAUAUCACUUACAUUCCAACUUCUUGUGUACAAUUUAUAGAAAGAAAAGUAUUCACUAGUAGUUGCAUUAAGUAGCCAAAUAUGUUCGCUACAGAUCUUCAAAAGAGUGUACAUUACAUUUCCAAAUAUUUUAUCAUUUUAAAGUAUGUGGCACAGGAAGAGUCUCGUUAAGUAUUGAAAAUUAGAAAAACACCAUGCGUGCAUCUACUCUUACAGGCUAGAAAAUUUUCGUUGAUAUUUCUAACGGUCAUCUACAUCAGUAUUUCUGUCAUUUGGAAAGAACUGUAGCAUAGAAAUUUUCAUCUUAUGCCCCGACACACCUGUCUUACAGUCAGAUAUUCGCCACCACCGUUUAACAGAUGUUACCUCUCUUUAAUUUCACUUGUUUCCUUUUUACAUACGACUUUUGUUAGGACAACCUGUUACUUAACAGAUUUAAAUUGUUACAAACAAGAUUUUGUUAGCACAAGUGGCGCAAGGCAUGCAACGAACCAAGUACAUGCCUUUUGUUUCACAUUGAUAUCCAUCUGUUCAUAAAUUCGCCAUUUCAUAUCUAGAAUGAAGUAUAAAUCCUGCCUUCUUCAGCAGCUGACAUAACUUCGACAGAAACUUCUUUUAAAUGUUUUCAGAAUGGUGUCAGCUCAUUCUGGAAUGUUCUUUAGAGCUCUUUGUAUAUACUGAAAGUAAAUACCAGUCUCCCGGUAAUGUGUUGAUAUAUUUAUUAUGAGUCUUACAGUUUUGUAUAUAUGUAUUUUAUGAGCAAUAUACGUGUCUCUUAGUUGUGAUCUAAAUCCAACAAAGAUGGAAGUAGAUGACACUGAGUGAUAAUUUAGUAUGUCCUGUGUUUAUGUGUUGUUAAAAUAAAAUUUACUGUGUGAACAUUUUAUGAUAUUUAUUUUAUAAUAAAGGAAGUUACUAGUUUAUGUUCC